ACCCUUCUGUCACACUGAGAGAAAUCAGUUUGUGUAAACGUGAAUUUACCCCGUGUUCUCAUGUCCCUGUAUGUGCGAUGUCCUCACUGCCGCCGAAUCCACCAUGCCUCCCCUACUUCCCAGACAUCCCACCAACUCCUCACACAGGAUCGGAGUUUUACUCGUGUUUUUUAUUCUCUUAUCUCAGGCAUUUGAACAGAAAAUCAACCGGCACUUUGCACACACUCAAAGAAAAAAGGAUAAAGUGGCAAAAGAAACAAAAAACAGAGAGGACAAACUCAAAACUUCCUAUAGUGUUACGGGGGGUGGGCAGAGUGUGCACGUGCCAUCGAGGUACCCCCGGGAUGUGCAAGGGGAUUGGGGCGAAAGGCGAUCAAAGUUCGGUAAUGCUGUGUACUUUUCUGGGCGACAGGUGCUAAACCUUACCCCCUCUCAACACUCGUUUACAACUCGUAUCCCUAUGGAACAGUUUACUGUCGAACUUUGGGUGCGGCCCGAGGGGGGCCAGGCAGACCCUGUCACAUUUUUAGAGCUCUAUGACACAUGCGACGGAUUCCUGACGUCCGGGCACUGGUCUCUGGGACUUCAGACAUUUAGGGGAGAUGGGGCAGCGGACGUGAGGAUGUUUUUCUCAUUACAAACACAGAGAUCUUCAAAACCAACCGCCAUCUUCACACACACACAGUAUCAGCCGAACAAGUGGAUCCACAUUGUGGCAUCUUACGACGGAUCCAUGAUGGUUUUGUAUAUCAACGGUGCAAGGAUCACAGUGGCAACAGACCAGAAAGGAAAUAUCUUCGGUCUCUCCUCUUCUGCUUGCAAAGAAAUUCAUUUGGGAGGAAAUAUUUCCAAUGGACAUUUCUUUAGAGGUAGUAUUGAUGAAUUAAGGCUAUGGCAAAGGCCAUUAAAGCAUAUAAAUAUUAAACAAAAUAUGUUUGUUCCAACAAAAGGUUUGAUGGAUGUUGAGGGUUUGGUGUUUGGAGAUAAUUUUAAUGACGUUACAAACUGGAAGUUGAUCACAGGGCAUAGUCUAGAAAUUAUCCAUUCAAACAUUCCAUAUCAGAGUCAUGACAUUUCCGUUUCUGUGCCAUCGUGUGGGAAAACCGUAUGUGAUGAUCCCAAUGUAGUUCAAAGUUACACACACAGUUGGCAGAUGCGUCAUGAAAAGGUAAUCCAAUACAGAGUUGUUAACUUGAUGGAUGAUGACGGGUUAAAUCCUACUGUUACUCAAGAACAGAUUAUUGUGCAGCAUGAAGCAUUAAAGACUGCAUUUGAACCAUACAACAUAACAUUCGAUUUGAGUACAGAAAAUAUAAGGAACUCAUCAUUGCGUAAACAUCUCAUAAUGAUAGCAUGUGACCCUAUGAAUGUGGGUGAUGGCAAUUGCCAAGCUGAAUGCCAACAUCCAAGGACUGGGUACGACGGAGGUGACUGUGACUCUGUGAAGGUGAAGUGCAAUCCGAGUAAGAAAGGUAACGGAAAGUGUGACUUUGAAUGUAACAAAGCUUACCACGACUGGGACUCGAACGACUGCUGUCUUCCCGGCCCCGACACCCACUAUACUUGCUUCAACCAUACAUCCCCUUGGCGUGGUUUCCUCGGUAUUGAAGAGUACAAAGAUGCAGUCCGGAUCCCGGCUAGUUCCCACCUGAACGUGUUCCUAGCCUCCACCACCACGGACAAAUUGAUCGGUUUGGCUACAUUCCCCUGGGAGAAACACGUGUACACCCAUCAAGGUGGUAUCGUUGUCCAGUCAAAGAUGUUUCGUCGUCCCGGUCAGACAAAUAGUCUUGUACAUGAGAUAGGGCAUAACCUUGGACUGUGGCACGUGCACCACGGGGUGUCUGAGAUGGAGUGUGACGACCCGUGUGUAGAGAAGUAUCCCUCACUGGAGCACGGGGACUUGUGCGCCGACACCACCCCAACGCCUGAGAACAUGCACUGCCACGACCCUGACCCUACCGAUGCCAGAUGCGGACUGUUUGACGCCUACACAGACACACCAUACAGAAACUAUAUGAGCAAUGCAGAUGACAACUGUACUAAUCACUUCAGUCAGAACCAAGUUGCCCGGAUGCAUUGUUACCUUGACCUUGUGUACAAGCCGUGGAUAACUGCAAAGAUACCCUCACCUGUACCGCUGCCACCAAGGGUCCUGUCGUCAGACGUGACGUCAACGACGCUUGCCUGGAUCUCCCCGUUCAGUAUCAGCAGCGAUGACCCUGAUAGUAUUUGUAGCAUGUGUACCGAGGACGGCGCCCUGUUUCAAUACGCUGACGAUGCAAGCUCCCCGAAUCACCAAGAUGCCAGUGGGGAAUGGGCACCUGUAGAAGCAACAGGGCCGCCUGAUGCUGUGACGUGUGACGCCAGUACACGGGUGUGGAUGCCGGAUGUCAAUACUUGCAAACAUCAACAGUGUUAUAUCGACCUGUCUCUCAGGUGGCCGGUCAAACCUGCAAGCUUGACGUUAUGGGCGACAUGGAACGCCCACCGGGGACUGAACAAGAUACGGCUGUACUACACGGACCGCACUGUACGCACCUUGACGGAAGUUGAUACGUACUGCAACAUCCCCUUCACUACCAGGCUGGCUGGAGACCGGAAACUGAGGAAGAUUCGCAUAUAUACCAGGUCACCGUACGUCGCCAUCGAUGCCAUAGAGAUUCUGUCCCAACCAGUUAACCACCAUUGCUCGGCGUGCAGUAAAAUCAAGUACAAGGUGACCAGGUCGCCGCCUUUCACCGACGGCGACUCUCGAUACACAAGUGACCUCAGAUUCUCUGAUCUCGAAGUUGAGAAGUCGAAGACCUACUCGUACUGGGUGACGGUGAUGUUAGGGACGGCAUUCAGCGCCAUGUCUCCACCCCUUAUCUAUACACACGGACAACACUACUGCGGUGACGGUCAUUUAGAGAGCCAGAGUCAAGAGGAGUGUGACGAUGAUAAUGCUAUGGACGGGGAUGGAUGUAAUGUCGAGUGUAAAAUCGAGGAGUUCUUCCAUUGCCAAGGUUCACCCAGCUUGUGUUACCGACAUGAAGGUGACGGGGUGUGUGAGGACUUCGAGGUGACCUCCAGUGUGUCCGACUGUGGCUACUACACUCCGCCUGGCUACAGGGACCAGUGGGCGCAUAUAGCCACAGCCAACCCGCAGUUCCAACUACCCAUGUGUCCAGAGACAGUUGUGACUGGACCACCAGAUAAAUCCAAUGCAUGUGGGAUGGACGUUGAACCGAGCCAUGCCUGGUUUCCCUGUGGAAGUCACUCCUACAAUGGAAACUUUUGGAUCGAGCUAUAUUUCUUGGAACCAGUCGUGGCUACUGAGGUUUUAGUGUACAUCGGCUCUGAUGGCAGGUCGGAACACGACCCUACUUCAAAGAAUGUGACAGUUGAGCUGAUCAAGUCCAACAAUGAUUCAAUUCCCCUCUCGUCACGGGCGACAACUCUUGAUUGUUCCAAACCUAUUACCAGCAUACCCGUGACACAUGACCUGUCUCGGCCAUUCUUUCACACGACAGGUAUUCGGCUGAGUUUUAACUACUACAGAAACAGUUUCCGUGCUGUGAAGCUUCGAUCGUCCCGACUCUUGGACCCGGUAACGAUAGCAACAUGUGGCCGGCAGGAGGUGUACAGUCCGCGAUCUCUCAGCUGCAUCACACAGAACUGUUCCACCACGUGCCCCCGCUUCCUUCUGCAACAUGCUCUGCCGCAGUGCUCCGGCAACACCGAGGGACACACCUGUACUGUACACUGCAUGGAGGGGUACCGCCUGGAGGGUGACACUGACCGCGCGCUGUGUGCCAGUGGGAAGUGGGUGAGCGCAGCACCUAUGGCCUGUGUACCUGUAGACUGUGGGAUACCUGCGGUUCCAUUUGCAUCAUCCGCCUGUCCGUUUGGAACAACACACGGCAACAACUGUACAUUCAAGUGCAACCCACCUGCUCGACAGCAAGGUUAUGACAACACCAUACGUUGUGAGACUGACGGGUUGUGGUCGGCCCCCACGUCCACGUGCCAUAUACGUUGUUACCCUCCUCUGCAGAUCCCACACGCCAAACUCAUCACCAGGCAGUGUAAGCGAGGGCGUAAACCACUCUCAACAACUUGUAAAUUUAAAUGCAAGAAAGGAUUUUACGUGGAGAAACAGAAAUUCAACAGACGAAGCUAUCAGCUGACCUGUGGGGACAACGGAGAAUGGAAUGGACCCCGUUGUGUGAGGAUACAGUGCCCUUCCUUACCGGUAGCCCUAGCUGGUCUCUUUAAGUGCAGUAACAAAGCUCGGAGCCGUUGUGUUCUCAGAUGUAAAGACAACAGCCAGCCCAAACAGAAAAUCAUAUGCAAGUCUAACGGUAUGUGGUCUGGUGAGUUCAAGCCCUGUCGUUCACAUCUUGCUGCCAAAUGCGAGCCACCAUCGCACCUCCAAGAUCAAGUCAUCGACUGCCCUCAUGGGAACUAUGCCUUUGGCACAACUUGCGGGGUGAGAUGCCGAUUUUCUAUCCACGAAGCUGUGUACAUGGGAAGGACGACUCGACGGAAGAAACGUGUUCUCAAUGGGCCAACAACAGGCCAAAUCAUCACAAAUUUCACAUGUACAGGAUCUUCUCACUGGUUCCCGAACCCGAGACACGUUAAAUGUGUGGAGAAGUGCAGCGUUGCGUCUAUGUCUGAUGGAUGGUGUGACGGCCGUGACAACCGGGAACACUGCAACUGGGACGGCGGUGACUGUUGUCGCUCCACAGUUGGUGGCCAAGUCAUGCCAUUUGCCAAAACAUGUACCUCGGAGUGUGCAUGUAAAGACCCCAAAGCCAAAGAAAAUGUUGCCAAAAGAAAGAAAGGGCGAAAGAAGAAAACGGGAGACGGGUCUUCAGUACACUAAUUUCUACAGUUAUUUAGUUCUAACGACAUCACUGCCUUCUGUUGGCUCUUGGGGAAGAUUGCGAUUUAAUCAUGUCAGAUGAAAACAUCACAUGUUUAACCAAACAAUUGGUUUGUGUUGCACUUGAUAGUCUAGAAGCCACCAGAAAGAUCAUUAUUUGAUUUUCCGUUAUGGUAAAGUUUGGUUUUGUCUUCAAAAUAGUCACCAAAGUCAUGAACUGGCCGAACUCUAAUCUUGAUUGUCCUAUUACAUUCCCAGAUGAUAUGUUGAGACGUUGUUUGUAGAUAGUGGCAUGAGGGUUAGUUAAGCAGCUAGUUUCACAAACUGUUACUGUGAAAGUCGUGGUAUUGUGUUGACAGGGACAGUCUUACUUCAGUUCGGUCCUGUAGACUGCUCAAUCAUUGACAUUUACAUCGGGAUAGAGAACCAUCAGAACAAUGGAAGUUAGAACAUUUGUCCGUCCAAAGUAAGGAGAUCUUUGUAAAAUGAGAGUGUCGAGGAUCCGUGGCAUUGUUUUAUGUAACAAUUGUAUUGGGCAUAUGCUAUGAACGAACAUGAGAGUUUCCGUUUGAAGGAGAAUGUAGUUCUCUGCAUGUUGUUUGCAUUCGUGAGAAGUCUAAAGUUAGUGUUAGUCCUACGAGUACCCACGCGAUCAUAUCGCGUCUUUUAACAAUACCUGGUUUUAGUUUGAUGGGGAAACAAUUCACGGUUUCCAGGAUAAUUGAAUAUUGGAAUAGGCGCACUAAGUUAUUGUUACUUCGUUUUCAGUGUGGAACUGUUUAAAUCUAGCACUGUCAAUUCAGAAAGGAUUCCGAUCACGGGCCAUAUCGCGUUGUGCGGAGUCAGGCGUGUUUGCAGGGAGGGAUUUAUAUAGAGUAUUUUUCAAAGCACAAUUUAAAUAGAAUGUUGGUUUGAACAUUAUAGUUUUCCCGGCGAUCAAUGCGUUCCUCACCAACAUUCAACAAUAUGAAAGUAAUUGGUACAUAAAUUGCGUGAGAAUGAUUCGGUUAAAUGAAGUUGCCGUAUGCAUGAUGUAACCAACGGAAGAAACCAAAGAUUUGUGUUUGCGAGUGAUUGUUCCUGGCAUGCAAUCUUUAGUAGUACAUUAAGUCAGACACUCGUGAUUUUGUGGCAUUUGUAUUCGCGUGAUUGUGUUGGUGUACAUGUUGUGAGUUAUGCUUCGACUCUGAGCUGUAAGAUGCAGCUCACAGUUGCUGGUGAUGUACAUAUAUGUGCAUAAUAACCUUUAACUUAUAUACAGUCAUACCCGACGUUAGCAGCCUAAUGUUGUCCCCUUGUUUGAACGAAGUUAUUCAGUGUGAUUGACUUCGAGACCUACCUCAAGGUAGAAAUCGUUUCUGGCGACUAUGUGCAUAUAGGGGAUCCCGCCAUAGUACUCUUGUGGUCGAUCUUAUUGGUUUUACACAGCUCUUGUUUACGUGCAAACUCGUACUUUUUGUCGAAGGGCAGAAUGUCCCCAUCAUGAGGAAAGGCCGAAGCAGGUUCUGUUACAUUCACUUCUACAUGAAGUCCACUAUUUUGUUAAUUAAACACCAGUGUGUGUCUAAACAAACAAAGGAGAAAGCUUGCGCUCAGUUAUCGACCACUGAGGAACAACAUAAAUGAUAAUAAAAUUAUUGAUUCUUACGUAUAUAUUUAGAACAUUCUGAAAAUGUAUAAAUUGUUUGUGAUUACUAAGACAUAUUACCCUUCAAACAGCCUCAAACCACAGCCUUCUGUUUGAACUUGUAUUUCUCCUUUUGCAGGUAUUUUGUUCCCCUAUUCAAACAAUGGGUAGAUGUCAUUACUCGACAUAACCUCAGAACCAAGUUAAUUAUUAAAGCAUUGCGCAUUGUCCGUCUGUCUAUUCAUUUUCAAUGCAUGGGAAUCUAAUUUGAUCAUUUCAAUAAAUUAGCACACGUAUUAGAAAAAAACCACACAUUUUGUAAAUGGUUGAAAAUCUUACUCCCCUCAAUCUCAUUCAAAUCUGAUCUUAGUUCUCGCUAGCGCUUAACAGAGAUCUGAGGACAUCAAAAGGGCACGUCAGAACGACGUUUCAUCCGACCAGUCAGAGCGUCGCUUACCAGAUGAUGAAAAUUGACAGUCAGAAUUUGUUUUCUGAUCAUGCAAUCUCGAAAAGGUUAACACGGAGUAUUCCGAGCGACAGUUACGGGUUGUACGACUGAACCCGUCAAAAUCAUUGUCUAUCUGUUGCUUUAAUGGGAUCACAUUUGGACGGAAGGGACUUUGCAUUGCCUGUGGAAAGUACUGCCAUACAAUCUAGGUGAUCUAUUGGACAUUACAGAAUGAUAUUUUGCUCAGUUUUUAAAGUUUGAAUCGAGAGCUUUGUCAAAAUAUUUUCCAAACGUAGUAUGGAAUAGAAGUCACCAGUUUGAAACUUGUGCCGUAAAAUUCGGUAAAGCUGAUUUCUGAUUUGAUUAUUCCUUUUCGUCAUUUCAUUGGUCGGACAAAGUUCGCGAAAGGUCGUUAUGACGUGACCUGUUACGGGAUGCUCUCAGAUCUUUGUUUACCGGUAGAGAAAGCUAACAUCUGAUAUUGAUGAAAUUGAAACUCAUAAUGACUAGUGAGCUGAAACUGUCACUUGGAUUUCUCUAUUGAAACGAAAUGUGCUUUCAUCAGUAAAGACAUUGUUAAUAAUAUCCUCCUCAGUAGUGACCUGGAGAUAAAUCUUGUGUCUACAAGGUUUUGAUUUCAUAGGCAUUAUCUUUUGCACUUUUAUCAUCUUUGGCCAUGGUUGAUUAUCUGGCGACAGUAAAACGCUUUACACAUCAGAAACUGCUGAUCCGCAUGUUGUGAUUCUUUCCAGUUAAUAUUAUAAUAAUGAAAUCAAACUCACUGCACAGUCAAAUAAGUACACUCUUAGAUAUGGAAUACAUUUGAAUCCCCUCAUGACAGUCUCAAUUGGUGGCCGUAUUUUCUACCGCAUAUAACUAUCAGUUCAUGGCGAGCAACAGGGUCUUGCUGCCCUUCAAAGUAGAAAAGGCCAUUGUUACUUAAAUACAAGUCAAGCUGGUCGACACGAGGAACAAUAUAAUUGUUCGGCCUUAUGCUUGUAUGAAGUACAUUCGUCAUCCCUGCGGGAACCUCGUGUUUAUGCCAACAACAUUUGUCGUUACUUUGUACUUUGAUUUGUUCAUUGUUUGAAUAUUGUUAUGUCUCUUGUUAGUGUUUUCAUAUAUUAUUGUAUGUUCCUACCAUUUUGUGAAUAAAAUGAAUAAAGAUAUUUAGUUGUUACUAGCUAUCC